UUCGCAGCCUGCAGAACCCAGCGAAAGACUGUCCUGAAAUUGGCUAGCUAAGCGUAGCACCUAACCCUGGAAGUGGUCGAAUACAACUACUUAGUAAAACCAGCGUUAUCGGAAGCAGUUUCUUGGCUGCAGUUGCACAGCUAAACCAGGAAGUUUUACAGAAAUAUCUACAGUUGUUUAAAACUUUAUUUACUAUUAGUCAUAAGUCGUGUUGCAUGGGAUUUAAGGAGAUAUUUUGUCACUAACGUUAAUACAACUAACGCUGUGACAUCAGGACACGUUCUCUGGAUGUUGGGGUUGCGUGCUCUUCUGGGGAUCGGAUUCCUGGUGACGUCACGAGGCAGCGGUGUUCUUUCUCAGAGAGGGGCGUGCCCAGUGGCCGGUGGGCCUAACCUUUUCUACAAGGAUUGCCCUGGACACAGGCUGUCCACCAUGGCUCAGCCAAUCAAAUACCUCGGGCAGGAGGAGGCCCAGCGCAUAGAUGAGGAGUUGUUCACAGAGUACCGCUUCAGUGUGGAUCAGCUGAUGGAACUGGCAGGACUGAGCUGUGCCACCGCUGUUGCCAAGGCCUAUCCCCUGGACUCCCUGGUCAAAGCCACGCCCUCCGUGUUGGUGGUCUGCGGCCCAGGCAACAACGGAGGGGACGGAUUGGUCUGCGCACGACACCUCAAGCUGUUUGGUUACGAGCCCAGCAUUGUGUACCCCAAGCGGUCCAACAAGCCCCUGUUCCAGAACCUGAUGACCCAGUGUGAGAAGAUGGACAUCCCCUUCCUGGCCGAGAUGCCGUCUGAGGCGGAGGUAGUCGACGAGGCCUACAACCUGGUGGUCGACGCCAUUUUCGGCUUCAGCUUCAAGGGCGCAGUGCGGGAGCCCUUCGGCGCCAUCCUGGCCACCCUGAUAAAGGCCACCGUGCCCAUCGCCAGCGUGGACAUCCCCUCAGGCUGGGACGUGGAGAACGGUAGCUCUGACGGGAUCCAGCCCGACCUGCUGAUCUCCCUCACCGCCCCCAAGAAGGCGGCCUUGCACUUCCGUGGGCGCUACCACUACCUGGGGGGUCGUUUCGUGCCUCCCGCUCUGGAGAAGAAGUACCAGCUCAACCUACCUCCAUACCCAGGCACUGAAUGUGUGUACCAGCUUCCCUAGAGCCUCUGCCACACCUGUGCUAAUCAAACUUACUGGCUGUUGCCAAAUAAUUCGUGUCCAAAUAAAUGAAAUAAUACGCAAAAUGAUGUGAUGAUGCAAUGUAUUAGCCUUCACAAAAUUUAUUGCGGGGAGGGGCGGGGUUCGGCGGUGCAUGUGUACCUGAAGAUAGAUUCAUGGAAGGACAGCAUUCUUUUAAAACAUUUGAUUCGGAUUAUACUUUUGUUAGAGCCACGGCGUCACAAAAAUGCGUUCACGUGCAAUGUAUUUCCGCAUUUACGCAAAGUAAUUUGCAAUGCGUAUUGUUUUUUGAAAAAUGAGUGCUAGUCUACACAUUUUACGUUGUGUGUGGGUAUCAUUUAACCUAUGCCCACUAGGAGGAGCAAUUGUCCACAUUUUCACUCUGCGUGAAAUAAAUGAAAAAACUAGGUGCUCGGUUGAAAAUUGAAAAUCGUAACCAUAGACAAUUUAAAAAUAAUUUUGCUGUUAAAAGUUUAAAAAAGAAUUACAACCCAUAGAAGCUCAAAGAAGUUUUCACAAAAAGUUUUUUCAAGAUACCGAGGACGGUUUAGGCUGAAACAUGUCUGUCUCUUUGUGCGUCGCUCUGGAUAACAGCGUCUGCUAAAUGCCUGUAAUGUAAUGUAAUGUAAUGUGCAAACAGGAAUAAAAUACGCUGGAAAUGA